AUGUCGGAAAUGGAGGUAAAGGCAGACAAUUGCGGAAAAGUGGUGAACGAAAAGUACACCAUUUGCUCGACGAUAGGUAAGGGAGCGUACGGUAUAUGCUAUGAGGGGCUCGACGUCCAGUCGGGCCAACGGGUGGCCAUCAAAGUGGACACCAAAGGGGCCAACAGUUCAUCACUUGUAUACGAGACCCGUAUAUAUAAGCGCUAUCUGUCAGACCUGAUCCAGAGUGGAACCAAAUCGGGUAUACCGGCGCUACUGUGGGCGGGCGCGCACCCGGAGUUGGGUCACAUCAUGGUCAUGGAUCGACUCGGGGCCGAUCUGGAGAAGCUGUUCCAACUCUGUGGCCAAAAAUUCUCGACCAAAACCCUGUUGAUGAUCGCCGUGCAGGCCAUCGACGUGUUGGCCGCCGUCCACAGCCGCGGACUCAUACACCGCGACAUUAAGCCGGAAAACUUUCUGAUGGGUCCGGCGGGCGGUGGCCCUCAGGCGCGGCGGCUGUACAUCAUUGACUUCGGUCUGUCCAAGCCUUAUGUGGAUCGCCGUACGGGCGCACACAUACCCUUCAGGGACAGCGCCGGUAUGACCGGAACGCCCCGAUACUGUUCGGUGGGCGCCGGCAAAGGUCACGAGCAAAGCCGUAGGGAUGAUCUGGAAUCGGUGGGCUAUAUGUUGGCCUACUUCCACCAGGGUCAGUUGCCCUGGCAGGGCAUGAAGGGUAUCCGGAGGCAGCAUAAAAACGCCGCCAUCUGUGCCGUAAAGGACUCGGCGUCAGUGCAGCGCCUGUUUGACGGCUUGUCGCCCGCGUUCGCCGACUUCCUGUCGGCCGCCAAACUGUUGGCCUUCACCGAAGAGCCCGACUAUAGCCACUGGACCGACAGGUUUAGGCAAUUGGUCGACGAGUUUGACUAUAAGUACGAUUGGGACGCCGUCUGCGACACGACCGCCACUCCCGGCCUCUCGGCUCCCGAGUUGUUGGCCUAG